AUGGAAUUUAAAAGCCAUACUCCACCUCCUCUAAGAACUGACUUACUUACAAAAUUUAAACAAAUGAUUAUUGCAUUACCCAAUACUUCAUAUGUUUUAGGAGAACGUUUUGAUGAAAUAUUUGGAACAACAUCAUUAGAAGUUUUUCUUACGAAACUUAAAACAGUCUUUGGAGAAUUUGUUAAUAACAAAAGUGUUGAUGAAGCUAAAAGAAAAGAGGUUAUUGAUUCCUUUGAGUUUUAUGCUGAUAGAUUAUUAGACCUUUAUACACUCUCCUAUGAAGGAAAUGAAGAAGAAAUGAAAAAUUACAGUCAUUUGUCGUUAGGACGUCUUCCAAAAAAAGAAGAUUUAUUAAGUAAUUUUGAUGCGUCUUUACCUACUAAAAGUGAUAUUCCAAGUUAUAGUUCCAUCUUUAAUGAGACUAAACAAGAGAACCAACCAACAUUACCUGCACUUUUAUUAAAAAAGAUUUCAGAAGCAGACAGUGACUUAUUAAAGAAAGUUGUUGAAAUUGUUUCUCCAAUUAAUUCAUGUUGGAAUUGUCAAAUCUUCCUUGAAGACUUGAGUGAUGAAGUUGUCGAUAAAUUAGUUGCACUCUUUGAAAUUUCUCCAUCAGAAUAUUGUGGUGGUAAAAAUGAGUAA